AUGAACAUGGGCGACUUUCGUCUCCGCGCGCUGCCUCUGAUUCGCUUCGCUCCUUGGCGAGAGCGGAGAGAUCCGAACCAGAAGAAAUUGGAGGAAGCAGGCCGGCCCGCACCUGAUGGCAGUCCUGACAGCUUGGAGCACUAUCAGUCGCAGUAUUUGCAGUCCAAGUACUUCGUCCCUAUGGUCUUGGUGCCAACUCCCCCGACCUCCAAGCAGCCAGAGCCUGCAGCGCCAAACGGCGACGGCCACGGCCACCCUCCGCGUGCUCCCGGAGCCCGAGCUGCCUCAGCCCCGCCCAUCCUUCACGACAAGAAGCUCCUGUGCCAAGUUUGCCAGAAGGUCGCCCUGGGCAUCAGGUGGUUGACAUGCAAAGUCUGCAAGACAUCGGACCUAUCGGACUCCUCGGACCUGAAACAUCUGAAACCCCCCAAGCUAGAGCGACUCUGCUCGGGCCAUCGCCGUAGCAAUGCCUUCGUCGGCUGCGAGUACGCACGUCGGGGUGAGUGCAACAAUGGCAAGUGCCAGAGUUGCCACUGCCACACGGAGCAGAAAGCCUUCGGCAAGCCGCUGAGUCAGUUGGAAGAGGCUGGCCUUUCCAAAGACAGAGAUGGAGGGGAGGAACCUGGGUCGGCGGGCGCCCCGCCCACCAGCUCCGAGAUGCGGAUCCUCGGCGCGUGCUCCUCGAGCCUCUCUGUAGGAUGUGGCCGCUCCGGGAGUCUCCAUCCCAUUCCCGGGCGCGGGUGCAUGAGCUCGACGGUCAACGGUGAGCCUGCGCGGCAGACGAGCCAACCGAUUCGCACAGAUGCCACCUUUGAUACGAAGGCCAAGGAUGACAAAUGGCGAACCCUUCUGGUGUUGAUCCUCCGCGACAAGGUGUACAGGUCACUGACGUUUUGGAGGCCGCGCUUUGAGUUCAAGACAGCCGGGGACCUGGCAAAGACGCUCUACGACAGCGGCAAGGGCGGGAAGGAUGUUCUCUUGGACAUGAAGUGGCUCGUGCAGAACGACCAGGAAGCUGCUCAGACGGAGGAGUUUGCGAAGGGAAAGCCGUCGACCUCGGAUGAGAGCCUGACCUCCGGGGACGGCAAGACCCCCGAACGCAAAGCCUGGAUCGAAGUCUUCGACUCCGACUUGGCCUGCAUCAUCGACCUGCUGAUGCUCCUGAACGUGAGCCUGACGAUGGUGGUCGCACCUCUCACGUUCCUUUGGGACGGCCGCUGGCAAGAUCCCUCCUCGGUGCCUGGAGGCGGAAUCCCGGGUUCUGACACGUUGACGCUGGAUGUUUGUAUGGAUGUGUUCUAUGCCAUCUAUCUCCUUCUAAUGCUGGAAAUGUCUUAUCUCCAUCCGGAAAGACGUCCCUCGAUUGUGACGAGCAGAAAGAUCCGACGAUGGCGCAUGAAAUCCUUGCUGUACUGGCUGAAAUGGCUCAGUGUCACGGUGCACAUAUGGGCCGCAUCCUUCGGCUGGCCGUUGUUUAUCAACCUCUUAAAGAUAGUUCGCGGAGGUGUCUUCGUGGAAUUGCCAGACUCGCUCUGGCGACUUCGGGACUCCAGCGAAGUUCGGCUCACGAAGCCGAUCCUCCUGCUGAUUGGUGUGUCGCACUGGGUUGCAUGCUUGCUUUUCUGUUUCGGUGGCUUCUUGGAGAACCUGCAGCAAUUCGGACCAGAAGCGUCGGAGACAACGUUCCGAGGAGAGGUCAUCGACGGCAAAAUCUCUUCAUAUGUCGUCGCCUAUGUAGAGGCGAUCUACAUGCUCACGGGAGCUCUGGAUGGGCCUACCGGAGAUGGGGCGCGAGAAGGGCACUUUGGAGCGCUGAUUAUUGUAGUCAUCUUUGCCCCCAUUGGCCAGCUAGUUGUUUCCCUCUUCAUCGCGGCCAUCGUGCAGGAGCAAGAUCUGAAGCAUGCUCUGGACAAGCGCCACAAUGAGAACAAGGCUUUCAUGCAGCGUGCUGUCCAGACCCUGGGCAUUCCGAAGGAAUUGCAGAGAAGGGUCUUCAGCAUGCAUUAUUUCCAGAAGAUGAGCCACGACAUUGAGGUGUUUCAGAUCUUAUUCGAUGGCAAGAACUUGAGUGGGGCCCUCUCGUCAGCUUUGAAGAUCUACCUGUACAAAGAGAGCGUUCUCAACUGCGCUCACUUGCAGAGUAAAGACCCGAACUACAUCAUCGAGAUUGUGAAGAUUUUGCAGGACGUGGUGUGCCUCCCGGGCGAGUACAUCGCCCGCAGGGGCGAAAUAGCUCAUCAGAUGUUCUUCAUCGCCCGUGGACUCCUCUCCGUGCUCGUCCCUGGACUGGACAAGCCCAACGACGUCGCUGCUGCGAGAGCGGUCAACCAGCUCAAGCUGUCUGACUUCUUCGGAGAAAUAGCCCUGAUCAAAGACUGCGUGCGGACGGCGUGGAUUCGGGCAGAUACUUAUGCGCUGCUCUCGUCGCUUUCCCGCUUCGACAUCGAGCCGAUUUGGAAGUACUUCCCAGAAUACAGGGAGGAGCUUGAACAGCAGGUCAAGGCAACCGCCGAGAAGGACAGGAGUCGGAAGGCCCGCGGUCGAUGGCAGAACGUCGGCCAUGGAGAGAAGCGGAAGAAGCUGAUGGAGCUUCAAGCCAAGGACCAGAUUGACAAAGCAUCGUCCGCUUCCAGGAAGACUGCCAGGGGAAGUAUCUUGGCCGCGUCCAUGCAAGACGAGCCCAAUGAAGAAGCCAGCAUUCUCGAGUCCGGGGACUCGGCGGCGCUGAAUGCACCUGAAAGCACAGAUGAAACCAAGAAGCUGCUGUCAGAAUUGCUGCAGCGCCAGAACUCACUGGAGGAGAAGUUCGAGGCACAUGGGGAGAAGCUGGCUCAGAUCUUGGAGGCUCUACAAGGUGGGCAAAGCGACUUGCCACCAUUGCCACCACCGUCAGCUCCGCCAUCAGCGCCGCCAAAGAAGGUUGUUGUGAAGAGAGUGAAGAAGAAGGCUGCUGCCGGUGGGCCUGGGACCCCAGAGGAGGUGGACCUGGGAAGCGAGCUCGGGCAGGAGGCCGCCGCUCGCUCUGCAUGGGGGAACAACGAGAAGAGGCUGUGCGAGGGUUUGAAUUUCUGCGAUGAGCCGAGGAGCCUUUGCUUGGUGAGGAGUAAGGUGCUGCUUAGACGGCGGCUGUUCCGGGCCCGGAGCGUCGUCCUCAAGGAGUUAAUGACUGCGCCAGCCCCUUGGUCCUUGCUGCGGCCCAUCGAAGGCUACGGGCAUCGCUUUCCUCUGAGGGCACCCUCUGAGGCGAAGCGGCACUUGGUAGCUUUUGAUGCCAGCGACAUGUGUGUCCUCAAAAGGAUUCCGAAGCAUCUCGCCAUGGCAAUGCCAGAUGCGUUGCCGGCGCCGGAGAACAUUCCCCGCCUGCUUGAGGGUGUCGGUGAGUAUGCAGAGCUCGCGCGAUGUGCCCAGAAGUACCAGCGAAGGAGGUCCAUGGCAGAGCGCAGGAAGUCAGCCAGACUGAGCCAGCUCUCGCGGGCAAUGAGCCAGCUCCCGCGGGCUCCGAGCAGCCCAAACCUCCCUCAGCGAAAGCCCUCGAUGGCUUUCAUCCGAUUGCGGAGGACCGUGACGCCUGUGGUGAUCCCGGGCUGGAGGGGUACCAUUCACCGGUUUCUACAGUCCAGCCUCUGUGACAUCGUCACGGGCCUGGUGAUUGUGGUUGACGUCGUCCUCACCUGCAUUGACAUCGACAUCCGAGCCGCGGGUGGGAGCACGCCACUGGCAUUGGAUCUUCUCUCGAACUUGUGCCUUUCCAUGUACGUCCUGGAACUGAUGGCUAUCAUCAUCGUCUACAAGCUGGGGAUAUUCCGAGAUGCCUGGACCAUGCUGGACUCGCG